CUGUGGAAGCGGCGCUCGGGCGAGGCGCAUCGCGCGGCCGUCGCUGCCGGCGGAUCCUCCACUCCUGAUGCGGGGGCGCCCCGAGCCCCGCGCCGGCCCCGCCGCCCCGUGAUGGCGCUGGGCGGCCGUCAGCUGCGCUUCCGCCCGGCUCCUCCCGCCUCCGCCCGUCGCUGCUGACAGCGCCGCCGGCUCCCCGGACUGCGGCCGCCGCCAGACAGCUCCAACAAGGAACAAACUGCAGCGAAACCAUUGCCUCUGAUUUCUGAGCACUUCACUACAGGACAUCAAGAUGUCGGGGGCUUCUGUGAAGGUGGCUGUUCGGGUCAGGCCCUUCAAUUCCCGAGAGACCAGCAAAGAAUCCAAAUGUAUCAUCCAGAUGCAAGGCAACUCGACCAGUAUUGUCAACCCAAAGAAUCCCAAGGAAGCGCCAAAGUCCUUCAGCUUUGACUACUCCUAUUGGUCCCAUACCUCAGCUGAAGAUCCUUGCUUUGCAUCUCAGAGCCGUGUGUAUAAUGAUAUCGGGAAGGAGAUGCUGCUGCAUGCCUUCGAGGGCUACAAUGUGUGCAUCUUUGCUUAUGGGCAGACUGGAGCUGGGAAGUCCUAUACCAUGAUGGGUAAACAGGAAGAAAGCCAAGCUGGCAUCAUUCCACAGCUCUGUGAAGAAUUAUUUGAGAAAAUCAAUGACAACAGCAAUGAGGAGAUAUCCUACUCGGUGGAGGUAAGUUACAUGGAGAUUUACUGUGAGAGAGUCAGAGAUUUGUUGAACCCGAAGAACAAAGGGAACUUGCGUGUGCGAGAACACCCUUUGCUUGGACCCUAUGUGGAGGACCUGUCCAAACUAGCGGUGACCUCUUACACAGACAUUGCAGACCUCAUGGACGCUGGGAACAAAGCCAGGACUGUGGCAGCCACCAACAUGAAUGAAACCAGCAGCCGCUCUCAUGCCGUGUUUACGAUAGUCUUCACUCAGAAGCGACAUGACACAGAAACUGACCUUUCUACCGAGAAGGUCAGCAAGAUCAGUCUUGUAGAUCUGGCUGGGAGCGAGAGAGCAGAUUCUACUGGUGCCAAAGGGACUCGAUUAAAGGAAGGGGCAAAUAUCAACAAAUCUCUCACAACUCUGGGGAAAGUCAUUUCAGCUUUGGCAGAGGUGGAUAACUGCACCAGCAAGAGCAAGAAGAAGAAGAAGACAGACUUUAUUCCAUACAGAGAUUCUGUGCUGACAUGGCUUCUUCGGGAAAAUCUAGGUGGGAACUCUAGAACGGCCAUGGUCGCUGCUCUGAGUCCAGCAGACAUCAACUAUGAUGAAACUUUGAGCACUUUAAGAUACGCAGAUCGUGCCAAGCAGAUCAAAUGCAAUGCUGUUAUCAAUGAAGACCCCAAUGCCAAGCUGGUGCGUGAGCUGAAGGAAGAGGUGACACGGCUCAAAGAUCUCCUGCGGGCCCAAGGGCUGGGAGACAUUAUUGAUAUUGAUCCAAUGGGAGAUGAUUACUCUGGAAGUGGAGGCAAAUAUCUGAAAGAUUUUCAGAACAAUAAACAUAGAUACUUGCUUGCCUCCGAGAAUCAACGCCCUGGCAAUUUUUCCACAGCCUCCAUGGGGUCCCUCACAGCAUCUCCGUCUUCCUGCUCUCUCAGUAGUCAGGUGGGGUUAACAUCUGUGUCCAGUAUACAGGAGAGAAUCAUGUCUACACCUGGAGGAGAAGAAGCCAUUGAACGUUUGAAGGAAUCUGAGAAGAUCAUUGCAGAGCUGAAUGAGACAUGGGAGGAGAAGCUGCGGAAGACUGAAGCUAUUAGAAUGGAGAGGGAGGCUUUGCUGGCUGAGAUGGGAGUUGCUAUUCGGGAAGAUGGAGGAACACUGGGAGUCUUCUCACCUAAGAAGACUCCUCAUCUUGUGAACCUCAAUGAAGAUCCACUCAUGUCAGAAUGUCUGCUUUACUACAUCAAAGAUGGCAUCACCAGGGUUGGCCAGGCAGAUGCUGAAAGACGACAGGACAUUGUGCUAAGCGGGGCUCACAUAAAAGAAGAACACUGUAUCUUCCGAAGUGAGAGGAACAACAACGGCAAUGUUAUUGUUACUCUGGAACCUUGUGAACGGUCGGAAACGUACGUCAAUGGCAAGAGGGUUGUGCAGCCGGUGCAGUUGCGCUCAGGGAAUCGUAUCAUCAUGGGCAAAAAUCACGUUUUCCGAUUUAACCACCCUGAGCAAGCUCGAGCAGAGAGAGAGAAAACUCCAUCAGCUGAGACUCCCUCUGAGCCAGUAGACUGGACUUUUGCACAGAGGGAACUGCUGGAGAAACAGGGCAUUGAUAUGAAGCAGGAAAUGGAGAAAAGAUUACAAGAAAUGGAGAUUUUGUACAAGAAGGAGAAAGAAGAAGCAGACCUCUUGUUGGAGCAGCAGAGGCUGGACUAUGAGAGCAAACUGCAGGCUUUGCAGAAGCAGGUUGAGACAAGAUCCCUAGUUGCUGAGACAACAGAGGAGGAGGAGGAAGAGGAGGAGGUGCCCUGGACACAACAUGAGUAUGAGCUGGCCCAGUGGGCGUUCAGGAAAUGGAAGUUCCACCAGUUCACUUCAUUAAGGGACCAGCUCUGGGGCAAUGCUGUCUAUCUGAAAGAGGCCAAUGCCAUCAGUGUGGAAUUGAAGAAGAAAGUGCAGUUUCAGUUUGUCCUCCUGACAGAUACACUGUACUCCCCUCUACCCCCUGAGCUUCUGCCUCCUGAGACAGAGAAGACCCGGGAUAACAGACCUUUCCCUCGGACGGUGGUAGCUGUGGAAGUCCAGGAUCUAAAGAAUGGAGCAACACAUUACUGGUCCCUGGAAAAACUGAAGCAGAGGUUGGAGCUGAUGCGGGAGAUGUAUGACAGGGCCGGAGAGAUGGCAUCCAACACACAGGAUGAGAGUGAGAGCACAAUGACUGGCAGUGACCCCUUCUAUGAUAGAUUUCACUGGUUCAAGCUGGUUGGAAGCUCCCCCAUUUUCCACGGCUGCGUGAAUGAGCGUCUUGCUGACCGCACACCCUCCCCCACUUUCUCCACGGCUGACUCCGACAUCACUGAACUGGCUGAUGAGCAGCAGGAUGAGAUGGAGGACUUUGAUGACGAAGCCUUUGUGGAUGAUACCGGCUCCGACGCUGGAACCGAGGAGGGAUCGGACCUCUUCAAUGAUGGGCACGACCCGUUUUACGACCGGUCCCCCUGGUUCAUUUUAGUGGGAAGGGCAUUUGUAUACCUAAGCAAUCUGCUGUACCCGGUGCCCCUCAUCCACAGAGUAGCGGUUGUCAGUGAGAAGGGGGAAGUGCGAGGAUUCCUGCGUGUGGCAGUGCAGGCGAUUGCAGCUGAUGAAGAAGCCCCGGAUUAUGGAUCUGGCAUUCGGCAGUCUGGCACAGCAAAAAUCUCAUUUGAUAAUGAAUACUUUGAUAAGAGUGACUUUUCUUCAGUUGCAAUGACUCGAUCUGGACUGUCAUUAGAAGAACUGAGAAUUGUGGAAGGGCAAGGCCAGAGCUCAGAGGUCAUCACUCCCCCAGAGGAGAUUAACAGAAUGAAUGAUCUAGACCUGAAGUCGGGCACUUUGCUGGAUGGGAAGAUGGUGAUGGAAGGGUUUACUGAUGAGGUUGGCGACCACCUGAAGCUGGGCAGCGUGUUCACUUUCCGCGUGACAGUGCUGCAGGCCAGUGGCAUCCUACCAGAAUAUGCAGACAUCUUCUGCCAGUUCAACUUUUUACACCGACACGACGAAGCUUUCUCCACUGAGCCUCUCAAAAACAACGGCCGGGGGACUCCACUUGGGUUUUACCAUGUUCAGAAUAUUGCUGUAGAAGUGACAGAGUCCUUUGUUGAGUACAUCAAAACCAAGCCCAUUGUAUUUGAAGUCUUUGGCCACUAUCAACAGCAUCCUCCCCACCUUCAGGGACAGGAUCUCAACAGCCCUCCACAGCCCUCCCGGCGAUUCUUCCCUCCCCCCAUGCCACUGUCGAAGCCAGUGCCAGCCACAAAGCUUAAUACGAUGAGCAAAACGAGCCUGGGCCAGAGCGUGAGCAAGUAUGAUCUCCUUGUCUGGUUUGAGAUCAGCGAGCUGGAGCCAACAGGAGAAUACAUCCCUGCUAUCGUUGAUCACACUGGAGGCCUACCCUGCCAGGGGACAUUCCUGCUUCACCAGGGAAUCCAGCGAAGGAUCACAGUCACCAUAAUUCAUGAAAAAGGCAAUGAGCUGCACUGGAAAGAUGUGCGAGAGCUGGUAGUUGGGCGCAUCAGAAACAAAGCGGAGGUAGAUGAAGCUGCUGUGGAUGCUAUUCUGUCUCUGAACAUCAUCUCUGCAAAGUACCUGAAGUCAUCUCACAGCUCCAACAGGACUUUCUAUCGUUUUGAGGCUGUUUGGGAUAGUUCCCUGCACAACUCUCUCCUCCUCAAUCGCGUGACACCAUACGGAGAGAAGAUUUAUAUGACCCUGUCAGCGUACCUGGAGCUUGACCACUGCAUCCAGCCAGCCGUCAUCACCAAGGAUGUCUGUAUGGUCUUCUACUCGCGAGACGCCAAGAUCUCACCACCGCGCUCGCUGCGCAGUCUCUUUGGCAGUGGCUACUCCAAAUCGCCAGACUCCAAUCGAGUGACUGGAAUCUAUGAGCUGAGUUUGUGCAAAAUGGCAGAUACAGGAAGUCCAGGAAUGCAAAGGAGGAGGAGGAAAGUCCUGGAUACAUCUGUAGCAUAUGUCCGUGGUGAAGAGAACCUGGCCGGAUGGAGGCCCCGUGGUGAUAGCCUCAUUUUAGAGCACCAGUGGGAACUGGAGAAACUGGAGCUGCUGCAUGAGGUGGAAAAGACUCGUCACUUCCUGCUGCUGCGUGAGAAGCUUGGUGACAGCAUUCCCAAGUCCCUGAGUGACUCACUGUCCCCCAGUCUGAGCAGCGGGACCCUCAGCACCUCUACUAGCAUCUCCUCCCAGAUCUCCACCACAACUUUUGAGAGUGCUGUCACACCCAGUGAAAGCAGUGGCUACGACUCAACAGACAUUGAGAGCCUGGUGGAUCGGGAGAAAGAGCUGGCCACCAAGUGCCUCCAGCUUCUCACUCAUACGUUCAACCGUGAAUUUAACCAGGUGUACAACAGCAUUAGUGAUUGUAAGCUGUCCGAUAUCUCUCCGAUCGGGCGGGACCCAUCUGUGUCCAGCUUCAGCAGUGCCACCCUCACACCUUCAUCCACCUGCCCCUCUCUGGUAGAUUCAAGAUGCAAUUCAAUGGAUCAGAAGACUCCAGAAGCAAAUUCCCGCGCCUCCAGCCCAUGCCCCGAGUUGGAACAAUUUCAGCUGGUCCCAGCAGUGGAAACCUCCUAUCUGGCCAGAGCUGGAAAGAACGAAUUCCUGAACCUUGUUCCUGACAUUGAGGAGAUCAGACCAGGCUCUGUGGUGUCCAAGAAGGGGUACCUCCACUUCAAGGAGCCGCUUUCUGCCUCCUGGGCCAAGCACUUUGUGGUGGUUCGCCGUCCGUAUGUCUUUAUUUACAACAGCGACAAAGACCCUGUGGAGAGGGGGAUCAUCAACUUGUCUACGGCACAGGUGGAGUACAGCGAGGAUCAGCAGGCAAUGGUGAAGACACCCAACACCUUUGCAGUAUGCACGAACCACCGUGGGGUCCUGCUCCAGGCCAUCAACGACAAGGACAUGAACGACUGGUUAUAUGCCUUCAACCCUCUUCUUGCUGGAACAAUACGGUCGAAACUGGCCCGAAGACGCACGGGCCAGAUGAAGUACUGAGUCCGUGUAACGUUCUCCCCCGUUCUCUCUAACGCGCCUUCAGAUAGAUAAAGUGUUACCUCUCAUUUCUCUUUGUGAUUCUUGACGGUUUCUCUUGUAUGUAAUCCUGUGGCUUAACUCUCCCUUCCUCCCCGAGCCCCUUGGCACUUUUUCUAGCUAUUCUAACCCCCCUGUUUUUCUUUCCACCUGCGCUGAGAAUUCUACUAGUAGCAUGUGGCCAAACAAAACAGGAAAAAAAAACCUGGAAAAGGGACGCGGCGAUUAUGCACAACUUCAAACAAAAACCAAGUGAUUUCUUUUUGGUUUUUUCCUUAAAAGGGUUGGUUUCCCAUCCUGACUGAUUGCGUGGUGUCUCUACCACUGUCCUCAGUGUUGUCUCUCUGUCUGAAGCGCUUUAGGUUUAUUAUUUAUUUGUGUCUUCGUGGUACCCACAAUACUGCCCUCAGGACAUGGGUCGUAGGCUAAGGAAAGUGGUUCCUUCUAAGUGUCAAGACAUGGCAUUACCCAGGUGCAAACUGCAGCAGUUCCUCAGACUUUCUGGGUCCUGCCUAACUGGAUUCCUUGCGGAAGCUGGCACAUAGGAAAAGGCUUCCUGUCCAGGCUGGACUUCGCACUUGUCUAGGAAUUUGGGUUCCACUGGGAGAUGAAGGAGCUUUUGGUGCUGCACAGGGCCAAAGCAAUAUCUGCUGCUAUGUAGAGCAAGGGGAGGAGGAGCAGAGUCAGAGGUGUAGCAACUGGCUGGAAGGAACUUCUGCUUGGGCUCUUGCAAUGGGUAGGGGCAGUCGAUGGGCACUUUCUAGCUGGAUAUCUCCCUAAGCAUUAGCUCCCGCUGUUCUGCAGUUGAGCUGAGCAGAGAGAACCCUAUGCAGGCAGCGUGACUACAUCCUCUGUGCUUGGGAAGGGAGAGUGUGCCACAUGAGCACACCAACGACAAAAGUAUGAUACUGAAAAAUCCCAAGGGGUUGCUUCCUGGAACAUAUGCAGGAAGUAACCAGAAGGGGGCAAUGAUUCCCUUCUCUCUGUCUUGCUUUUGGCUUGUGAGAGUGCCAGUAGCAUGGGCACUCGCUUUUCCCACCACAGAAAACCUUCAAACCAGAUAUCGCAAUGGCCUGGGAAGUCAAGCUGAGGCUUGUCAAGUGAGCUCUUCCUCAUGCCCACCUCAUGCAUGCAGCCCUCCUUCCUGAAAUUCAGGUGAUGGCCAAUCUGGCCACAGGCCAGCGUCCUCUCUCCACCAUCCCCUUUUAAAAGCACAGUGCUUGGCAUAUUUUCCAGCCACUGCAUGCUCCAGGGUGGGAAGUCUUGGCUUCUCGUGGGAAUAAAUAUCAAAUUUAUUUGCACACCUCCUCAUCCUCAUGUCCUCAGCUGUCUCUAAGCCCUCUACAUUCUGUGGACAGGGAAAUGGUCCUUUCUGAACAGAGACCAAGCAGACGCCUCAUCUUGGUCACCUGGGUGUAAUAAUUGAUCGGAGAUCUGUUGUCCAUGUGAUGAUACAGGAUCUGUCUUAAGCAAACAGUUGUCUCCUCUUACCAGUGGCCAAGUGAGUUUCCUUUCCCAGGGAGGUGAACUCAUUUUCCCAGGUGUGAUUUUAGGUGGCUGCAGGCAAAUUAUUUUUAAUGUCCUUUAGAAUGCCUCUGCUGUACUUCCUUGGCUCCCUCAUAGGCAGUGAAAAAGCUGGUAUGGAACGAGGCGAGAUACAGAGAUGUCAUCCUUAGGGUCACAGCCCUCAGGAUAGAGGGGGUUUAAUUCCACUGAUUGUCUAGGGCACAUCCAGGGCAGGGUGGAUCUCAUCCCUUCACCCCAGAAGAUGGUUUCCAUUCAGGUCGCUCAUCUGCACUGAACCACACAGCCCACUGGAGGUUCUGUGGCUAGAAGCGCAUGUGAAGGAUUCUCAGUAGAUCAACUUCAUGCCAUUGUUAUGCUCAGCUUUGGUUGUGCAGCAAAAUGCAGUACACUGUGCCCUGCCUCCCUUCCCAAAGCAUACAUUAAAAAGGAGCAGGAAGAUGGAGAACAAUUCUUGCUAGGACACAUCUGUGUAUCUUUCAGAACAGUAACAUGCUCAGCCUGUCUCCUGCAGCCCUUUAAAACUCCUUCCAAAGCUGGCAUCUGCAGGGGCACCAGGGGGACCCCAGAGCAUUGCACAGAAGGUUUUUUUUUCUUUUUGUCUGUAACAUUGUUCUUUAAUUGCGUUUGACUCUAACCCAGUGCUCGUGUUUCUUUGUUAUGUAGUGGACACAAUAUGCACUUCCAGUGUGGGCACAAACGGGACUGCCAGAGAGAAGCUCCCUGUGCUUGGAGCUGAGCAGAUUUCCAGACUGUUUUAAGACUGAUUUAGAGGCUAGUUUUAUGCACCAAGUUGCUGCUGCUGCUGCUGCCGCCUUCAUUGAUGAAGGUGGGGCAUGUGCAAGGAGGGGAAGGAGGAUGGUGAUGACAGUGGCAUUAUGUGACGCACUGAGAACAUUUUUAUUUUGUUUUAACUAGAACAAAACUAGUUUGCAAAGUCUUUGCUUUGGAUAGGCCAGAAGUUGGAGAGCAAAUUGAAUUGAAAUCUCACUAGAACGACUGGAUUUGAAUGGGGUUAAGGAAACACUCCUUAGAAAGUGGAUGUGCCAGGUGGGUGCCCAGCAUGCCUGGACACGUUACAGAUGGAUUGCACGAAUGCCAGUCUGUUCUCUUGAGGACUUGAGGCAGCUUCUCAUGGCUGGAUCCACCAAUGGGUCACAGACGAUUAGAAGUGCAAAGUUCUAUUUUUUUUUUUUAAGUUCCUAAAUUUCUUAAGGCCCCAGACUUUGUAACAAAAGGGAUUCUUGUCUUUUAGGGUAGGCAUUGCCACUUCCAGGCUCAAAGUACAGGGCAUGACGGAUGUCCUUUUGGAUCAUCUUGCCACUAAUCAAGGUUUGCCCUGGAACAUGGCCUUUCCUGGUCUUUUAUAUCAGAAAUAGGAACAAUUCAGGUCUUUCUUAAGGAAACUAAAAUCCAUAAUGGUUUUAGCAGCUCUUGAUGUAGCCCAAAGAGCUAAAAAUUCUGUGGAGAAACAAAGCAGAGAGGGGAAAUUGCUAUGCUGUCCUCUCAUGAGGUUUAAAAACCCAACUGAACUGCUGUGCAAGUUGCACUGAAGGCAGCUGGGGACCUGGAGUCAGCCAGCUCUCGGGCCAUGCUGCUGGAGACGAGCCCCAUGCCAUGGGCCAGCCAACCUAUUGAGCAUGAGUGCUUUUCCAAAAGGGCGGUUGUUUGGGGGAAGUUAAAGAUUGGGAGAAAUCACGCAUCUCACUUGGGCUUUUUAACUUCAUUAUUGAGUGAAAGGGAAAAAUGACGUAUAAUGCCAGUGCCAAGAGCUCUGGUGUCAGAGUUCCAAACAAGGCGUUUCAUUUUAGAACUGCACUUCCCUGACUUGAUUUUAAAGAUGCACUUUAAAGGACUUUUUUUAGUUUUUACGAAACUCCUUCCCUUUUGAAAUGCAGGCAGGAAGGGGAUGUUAUCUUCAAACCACUGGGAAGGUUUGUCUAGCCCACAUUGAAAUUCCCUAGUACUGGUCAGUGAAGUAUUUCAAAGCAAAGACUUUAUUUUUUGCUGCUUGUUACCUAAUUUACAGGGAUUUAAUUUUAUGUAAUGUAUUGUAUAUUUAUACAUCUGUAAUUAAUUGCACAUUAGAUAAGGAAGAGGAUUAGCUUGGGUAUAGCACCCACUGGUACUCUGCAACCGACUAAUACUGCCUAUGCAUAUGCAUCAUUCUGGUGUUAUACAGCCUUAGUUUGAGUUCUGUCGGUUUUCUUCCCUUGUGUUAAAAUGCAGUUGUUAACCUGCUGCUUGAAUGAAGGAUACUAAUGCUGCUGUUCUUGGAAGGUUUGUUGAAUGUAUUUUAAAUGGGACUCUAACUUGUGUGCGUUGCAUCUCCAUUGUGGCUAAUUACCCCAGUAUGUGGUCUGAACUGUACUGUAUGUAGCAGGAAUGUAUUAAUUUUGUGCUUCCUUGUUAAAAAACAUGAGCUGUUCAAGAACAGGAGGGAGAUUUUUUGUUCAGAAGGCCAUUUAUAAGUUCUCGGUAUUGCAGACCAAAAACAACUGAACACUAAACAGGCGAUUGAUUGUCAGUGUCCAUAUGAAUUUUCCAACCGUUUAGCUCAAGUAGACCAGGAAGUGGAGGGUGUGGAGGUCACGGCUCUUCUGUUUUAAUGUUACCAAAUUAAUGGCCUGAUGCGAUCAGUGCUGAGCUACCCCUGCUUCCUGUGGGAGUGGAGAAUUGGGCAGUCGGGGGUUCUUACCACUUCUUGAGAUCAGGUCUUAAUUUUCACUCUGCUUGUUCAUACUCUGUGUGAAGUCUGUUGACAUUCUUGACUUUGGACAUAAGAAAGCUGUUGCACUGGAACACAGACUUUUGAACCCAGGUUUCCAUCUCCCCACGCUGCCCAUCCAUACACAGUGUGCACACCAUAGUGUAAGUGGCCUUCUCGAACAAGUCUCUUUGAACACUGAUCUCGUCCCAGCGAAAGGAGUGUAUCAGCAACACUGUACAUGAUUAAUUUCUGAUUUUCAUUUCCAUGUUUUAUUUUGUAAAUAUAUCCGAUGUUUGGAGCUUGGGUAUACAAAUGUAAAUAGAGUUCACGUAUUUGUACUAAUUCUGAUCCAUUUGCUGUAUAGCCUUAGGUGUGCAAUGCAGAUAUUAUCUAACUGUGUAUGGUAACCUUGCACCACUGAACUGUUAGUGAACGAGGUGAAACAAUAAAGGUACAACCAGUGCAUCA